GUAGCAAACUCACUCCAGAGCAAAUAUCGGCUCUUGAAAACAAACUGGAGGAAUUGAAGAGCAAAGUGAACAUGCUUAACCAGAGGGCAGAAGAGUCAAGGAAAGAUCUAGAGAAGGUUUUGACCAGUGCUAUCAAGCAGGAGACUGAGACGGUAGCAGCUGUUGAACAACUUGAAGAGAGCAAAACUAAGAUCGAUGGUCUUCUAGACUGGAUCUCUAACGUUGGGAAAGAGAAAGAAAUGGGUGGAAUACAAAAGGACCAGAUGGUUAAACAGAAUGGAAACAUGCCUGAGAACACAUCAGUGAAGAGAAUAAUUGGAGAGGAAGAUGAUCCUAAUGGAAAUGCAUUAGAUACUACAGACAACACAAGUCUGCGUACUGGCGAAAAACAAGACGGUAUAAACCUGGACCUGGACCAGCAGUUUAACAGGGUUCAA